CAAAGUGUCGUCUGCUUGUUACAAAGACGUAUUGUCUGUGUCAACUAAUAGCGUAACUGAAUUUAUUAUUAAAAUAAAUUAAGGAAGAAAAUCACAAUGCCACCAGAAAAAGAAAGAAAAAAUCGUGGACGUCAUCAUCGACAGGACAAGGACAAGAUCAAUCUUGGCGAUAAGGGCAAGGAAGUAGUGGAAAGUAUUAAUGAGAACAGUCUUGUAGUGCAGCAGUUUCGUGCAUAUGCGGCCGAGCUGGACGAUAAACAUGAUCGUUACGAGAGAAUUUUCAAGAUCAAUCGAGAUAUCUGUAUUGAAAGCAAGAGGAUAAUCUUUUUACUACAUACCAUUGACAAAGAGAGCAAACAGGAUGCUGUGCUAGAAGCAGCCAAGCUGAGACUUGAUAAUGUAGUCAAGAAAUUUUUCAGAGAUAUUGCUAGCGAGCUAGACAAUCAGGAUCCUUAUCAGUAUCAUAGAGCAUAUCGCGCUGGCCUAGAGGAAUACAUAGAGGCACUGACAUUCCACGAAUACCUGCAGAACAGCAGUAUGAAAGACUGGACCAAGUUGGAAAGUGCACUGACAUAUCCUAUUCCGACUUCAGACAAUUUAGAGGAGAGUAAGAAAAUGACACAGGUCAUGGUCACUCCAACGGAUUACAUCCUGGGCAUCGCUGACCUGACUGGAGAGCUGAUGCGACGAUGUAUCAACAAUUUGGCGAUAGGCGAUAUUACCAGUUGCUUUCAGACAUGCAACUUUGUCAGGCAGAUAUAUGUGGCCUUUUUGGGCUACACAAGUUUGGCCUGUGGUAACGAAAUGUUCAAGAAGAUCAUUACGCUCAAGAAUAGUCUGAGAAAAAUGGAGAACGCCUGUUACACUAUCAAAGUACGAGGAUCGGAGAUUCCAAAACACAUGCUGGCUGAAGUGGCCAUUUCGGCGGCUGAAGAAUACGCCAUUGAAGAUGACGAGGGUUAUCAGGCGUUCUAAUACGUGAAAACGAUACUUAACGAUGAUUAUUUUAUUGUGAACUUCAUCAGUCUGAUGCAAAGAGAAAUGUCUGAUAUAAAUUUGUAGUAUAUUUGAAAAUUGUGUUAAAGAAAUUAUCAUAAUUAAUUUAAUUCUCAAUGAUCUGAAAAAUUUUAUAAUCAAAAUAGACUUCUUGAAAAAUUUAAUUUUACUUAAGAUUAAGUUUCUAAGAUGUAUU